UUGUCUGAAAUAGUGAAAUCCGAAUAUUCUGAAUAUCCGAUGGAGCCUGAUGGAGCGGCGCAAAGGUAGAGAUAGAUGGCUCCACUCGUGGGUUCGUAAUCUUGGUACGAGAGCUGCAGGAGCUGACUCGCGCGCCGCGUUACCGAGGCUCGCGUUUCCUUUCAUCAGUCGACGCCGAGCCGUCGAGCGCGCGUCAACUCAGCGGCGCAUCCGUCGCAGCUCGUGUCCGGCUAUCGGUCUGCUUUUACUUUUUGCACCCGCUCAGUUUCCGCUUCCGCGAGAGUACUUGCAAGUUCGAGGCUCGUGGCUGGAGCGCUAAAAUGCCCAACGUCUACUCGUCGGCGGCACUUGCUUCGCCCGACUCGCAUUAGAGGUAAAACUAUCCCGCGCGCGCUUCAAUUGCAUAGGCGUGAUUUUUCAAGAAGCUCAAACAUGUGACCAGACUGCGCGCUGCACUCCGUGUUGCGUUUGGCCAAGUUCAGUGACACACUGCAACGACCGACAACGGCUCGCAUACAUUCAGCAGCCGGCCAUAGAGACUGAACUGACAGAGAGGCCAUGGACUUUGUCAUACUCAAGGUGAACGGCCAGGACGUGUCGAACUCGAGCCACGAGGAGGCCGUGCGCUGCUUCCAGUCGGCGCAGGAGCCCAUCCUGGUGGAGGUGCUGCGCCGCUACCCCGCCGCCGCCGCCGCCACCGCUGCCGCCGCCGAGGAGCCGCGCCGCGGGCCCGACGAGUCGGAGGAGCCCAGCCGAGGGGACGGGGCCGAGGAGAAGACCUUCACGCUGCUCGUCUCGACGGGCGUGCAGACCGAGUGGGCCGGCCUCGUCGACGAGGAGGACUUGCUGCCGGUGAGGCUGCACGCCGACGAGCAGACCUGCAACGACAGCUUCGACGACAUGCUCGGCCCCGAGAUCGACUUUGAGGAGGUGACGCUGCGGAGGAGCGGCAGCGCCGAGAAGCUGGGCCUGACCGUCUGCUACAGCUCGGCCGGCUCGGGCAGCGAGGACGCCGACACCGAGGUCUACAUCUCGGAGAUAGUUCCCGAGAGCCUCGCGGCGAGGGACGGCCGGCUGCGCGAGGGCGACCAGAUUUUGCGGGUCAAUGGGAAGGACGUCGCCAGCAAGGAGCAGACGGAAAGCCUCUUUGCCGAGACCGAGAGCGACGUGACCAUCCUGGUUAGCCGCUGCCUCUACACGGACGACGACGAGGACGAGAGCCGCGCCUACCCGGCCUACCAGAACAGCAUGAUCGAGCAGCUGAUCCGGCAGCAGCAGCAGCAGCAGCAGGACGGCGACGAGGCCGCCAAGGACUCGGAGCCGACGAGCGAAGCGCCGCCCCCCGUCCCCUCCCACGUGCAGCUCGCCUUCUCCGAGCCCUCGUCGACCUGCUCCUCGCAAAAGUCCAGCGGCUGCGGGCCCGACAUCGCCGAGCAGCAGCGGAAAAAGUGGAUGCAGGAGGCGCUCAAAGAGUGCGCCAGGAGGGUCGACAACAUCAAGCUCGGCGCGACGCCGAGUCCGCAGCAGCAGCACAAGUCGGCCGUCAAGCUGGCCGAGGCCUACUCGAGCCACGUGUGGAGCGACACCGAGCACAUCUACGAGACGAUUCCCGAGUCCGACAGCGAGCCCAUCUACUCGUCGCCCUACGAGCACCGGCACUGGCCCUACGAGCCCGGCAACAACCAGCAGAGCUGCCCCGCGGCCAGGCAGCAGCCCGGCCAGCCCAAGCCCAGCUGGCACUGCUCCUCCAAGAGCAACAGCUCCGGCGAGGAGAAGGACAGCUCGAGCGCCUACAACACCGGCGAGUCCUGCAACAGCAACACGCUCACGCUCGAGCUGCAGCAGCCCUCGGAGCACCACCGGAGCACGCUGGUCCUCUGCCCGCCCACGGCCAGCGCGGCCUGCAGCUGCCCCGUGCCCCUCGCGCCGCCUCCCGCCAAGUGCGCCGGCGGCAAGCUCCAGCAGGUCGCGCGACGCGGCCCCCCGGUCCCGGCCGCCGAGACGAUGUACACGAACGCGGCGAACCUGCAGCAGACCAUGCGGCUGCAGCAGCAGCUCUUCAAGCAGGCCCUCAGCAGCAGGCGCAAGUCCGGCGUCGUCCGGGACGCGUGGUACGCGCGACGCUCGCGCGCCCAGACCGCCGCCUUCCAGGCGCCCAGCCUCGCCCAGUACCGGUUCGUCGCCAGCCACCAGGUCAGCGGGCCCACGGCUCCGUUCGCCAGCAGCCCUCAGCAGCAGCAGCAGCAGCAGCAGCAGCAGCGGCCGCAGCAGCAGCAGCAACGGCAGCUGCUGCUGCAGGAGCCCGUGCAGAUGGAGUGGAAGGUCAAACGCCGACCCGACGGCUCGAGGUACAUCACCAGGCGGCCGGUGCGCAACCGCAUCCUGAGGAACCGCGCUCUCAGGAUAAACGAGGAGCGCCAGGGCCAUACCACCGAGGACGACGCCGUGUCGGAGAUCAAGGUCGGACGCUACUGGAGCAAGGAGGAGCGCAAGAGGCAGCUGGAGCGAGCCAAGGAGCGCAAGCAGCGGCAGCAAGAGCUCCUACAGCAGCAGCAGCAGCAGCAGCAGCAGUCGAGCGAGCAGCUCAUCUACGAUUACUCGGAAGAUAGCAAAACGCUCAAGAACUCGCCAAACAGCCUCGUCGAGCAGGCCCAGAAAAAGGCGGCGAGGAAAAAGCCGCCCGCGGACGACUUCGCCACGGUCCAGGAGAUACUCGUGCACGGCAACAGGGUAGGCUCGGCCACGCAAAACUCCGCUGGCAAGCUCAUGGGCCUGCUCUCGGUAACCACGGUUUGAUCCCACUCCUACUGAUUCCCGCUCCCAGGAUCUCACGUGUAAACUUGUACCAUAAGACGACGGAUUUUUUAUCUUUCUAUUGUACACAUUUUCCAUCAACUUCCCUCGCAGAAAACACUUCUCGCGCGGCCGUUCCUUUAAUUGUACAUUACACUGUAAAUAUCUUUGACGAAUACAAUCUACUCUAUUAUUACGUCUUUACAAAUCUUAAGUGCCACCGACACCGCAUAAUACGCGCGUAUAAUAAUCGUUCGCACGCCACCACCGUAUAGCAUUCAAUUUAACUUUGUAGAUAUGUACCAUAACGAUAACGAUGCAUUCACUCAAGAUAUGCCAACUCGACAAGUUGCGAAUCAAACUAGAACAAAAAGAUGUUGAAGCCAAAAAGGUGUGCAACGGCACAAUCGAAAAAUGUAUUUUUAGUAUGCAAUUGAUAUAAGGAGCAGAAGGCUGGUUCGAUAAAAAUGCUCUUUGUUCAUCUCUCAUUGAAUCGUUUUAACCUAUAUGCCUAGCUGCGAUCUGUUUAAAUAGACGAAAAUCGUUUUUCUCAUAUAUUUCUUGUUUUUUCAUCUAACAAAUACCUAUUAUUGUAAAUCAAAUAUCUAUCGACUACUUCGUUGCACGAUAUGUCGAGACAAAUAUUAAAGCGAAAUUCGUUAUACAUGAUUUGUACAAAAGAAAAUCCAUUUUAUAUACACAUAAUGAUAUAUCAAACUGCCUCAAGUCAUUCUAUAGUAUUUAGCUAUACUUAAUCAAAACGUUGCAAACAGGGUAAAUCAAUGGCUAGUUCGAGGUAGACUAUUAAAAACGAUAGAUUUUAUAUAAAAAAUUCAACAUAUUUUUACCGCAUUUAUCCGCAAUGAACUAACUGGUUUGCAUAUUUUAAUAUUGAAUGACGCUAAUUUCAUCAAAAAUAUCCAUAUGUUCUGUGGGUCAAAUUCAGUGACAAUAAAUCUUUGCAAUAUUUAUUCUUGCAUUGCGGUCAGUACCCUUGACUCACAUCUGUGAUAGUGUAGUCCACACCAAUAAUAAGCUCAAGAAAAGUCAUUAUGACGGAUGCAUUCUCGUAAUUAGAGUUGAAGUAGGGUUUAAAAACUUGAUGUCAUCGAAGAUGAAACAAAAUUAAAAAUUGUCGCAGGAAACAUAUUUGAGAUUCGCAGAAUAUAAAAUGAGUUUUUAUGGCACAUUGUUUAUUUUCUGGUGAUAAUCUGAACGAUGUAUUUGAUUAAUGUAGAAAUAAAAUAUAAUCUGAAAGAGUA